AUGGCUGGUGGUAAUGAUGUAAACGCUAACGAAUCAAAGAGGAUUGUUCCUCUUAAUACAUGGAUCCUCAUAUCCAAUUUCAAACUUGCCUAUAAUAUGCUUCGUCGGCCGGAUGGAACCUUUAACCGGGAUUUGGCCGAGUACCUUGACCGGAAAAUCCCCGCAAAUGUGAUUCCGGUGGACGGGGUAUACUCUUUUGAUGUUGUGGAUCGACCAACGAGCCUCCUUAACCGGAUUUACUUGCCUGCCCCAGAAAACAAAGUUCAAUGGGGGAUCAUAGAUCUCGAAAAGCCCCUAAAUACUAGUGAAAUUGUUCCUGUUAUUAUCUACUACCACGGUGGAAGCUUUACUCAUUCCUCAGCCAAUAGUGCCAUAUAUGAUACAUUUUGUCGUAGGCUUGUUAGAAUUUGCAAUGCUGCCGUAGUAUCCGUGAAUUAUCGUCGAUCACCUGAACACCGGUACCCGUGUGCGUAUGACGACGGAUGGGCUGCUCUUAAGUGGGUUCAGUCGAGGUCGUGGUUAAGGAGUGGGAAGGAUUCAAAGGUUCAUGUAUAUUUGGCUGGUGAUAGCUCCGGUGGUAAUAUCGCUCAUCAUGUAGCUGUUCGGGCAGCAACCGAGGGUGUGGAUGUAUUGGGUAAUAUCCUACUUCAUCCAAUGUUUGGCGGGGAAAAGAGAACUGAAUCGGAGAAAAGAUUGGAUGGGAAAUACUUUGUAACGGUUCAAGACAGAGAUUGGUAUUGGAGAGCAUAUUUACCCGAAGGGGAAGAUAGAGACCAUCCAGCGUGCAACAUAUUCGGCCCUAGAGGUAAAAGCCUCGAUGGACUUAACUUUCCAAAGAGCCUCGUGGUUGUGGUUGGGCUGGAUCUUGUUCAGGAUUGGCAAUUGGCUUACGUCAAAGGGCUAAAAGAAUCUGGCAAAGAAGUGAAACUUCUUUAUCUCGAACAGGCAACCAUCGGUUUUUACUUCUUGCCCAAUAACGACCAUUUCUGUUGCCUCGUGGACGAGAUUCGAGAGUUCAUCCAUUCUAACUGUUAA